AUGGAGACUCGGAUUAGCAACUCAGAACUAGUAAAUAAGCUCAAGCAGUGGUGUCGUGGGGAAGGACUGGAUGAGACCCACUCCUUAAUGGUCCUGGUUCCAGAGGGAGUUGAGGUUGCCCAGAUUGAAACAACCAUGGAAACGAUCAAAGCUUUGGGAGAGAAGGUUGACUCCAGUAAAGUCCCUUCCGAAGUGAUGCCUGAGGGUGACACAGAGGCGUGGAACCUGGUCAUGGUGUCUGAAGAUGUAGAUGUGGUUGAAGAGCCACAGGGUGCACCAGUGGAGGGGUCUGGUCAAGCAGCCCCUGGUAGUUCCCUAGAGUCCAUUAUCCAUGUUGUGGGUGAUUUGCUAGCCAAGAUGGAGAAACCGUCUGGCGGGAAUAGCAGUUAUCACCGCUUGCGACUGUUUUUGGGAACUCUGCCUACCCCGGUUGGGGAAGAGGCAUUAGAGCACUGGUUAGAACAUGCGCACCUUAUGGUUGAAGAGAGUGAUUGCUCUUCCAAGGAGAAAAGAUGGUGCAUAAUGGAGAGUCUUAAAGGCCCUGCUUUGGCCAUGGUGAAAGCUGUUCGGGACACUGACUCUAAGGUAAGUCCAGAGCAGUGUUUAGAAGCCAUUGAGAGUGCGUUUGGGUCUGCUGAGACAGGCAAAGACCUGUGUUUUGCUUUUCGGUUGCUGCAACAGCAACCCAAGGAAAAAUUGUCUGAUUUCUUGAGAUGGUUAGAGUUGUCUUUAACCCGAGUGGUUCGCAGGGGAGGUCUUCCACCGGACCAAGCAGAGCGUGCUCGAGUGAAGCAAUUGCUCAGAAGUGCAGUGCACUCCGACAUGAUGUUGGUUCAGCUCAAGUUGAGGGAAAGGAGGGAGCGUCCGCCAUCUUUCUUGCAGCAUUUGAGCAAAAUCUGCAGCAAAGAGGAGUAUGAGUCUGCAUGGAGGAAACAACUUAUCUGUGUGACGGGGCCAUGCAAACGCUGA